AUGACAGAACUAGUGAUUAGGGACACCCUCCUUACAGUGCUGAAAAAAGGAGUGUUUGAAGGAGCAAGUAGUUUGAAAAAGUUGACUAUAAAUGAUAACGUGUCCAUGCGUACGAUUGAAGAAUCCACGCUAGAUCCGUUGUAUCAAUUGGAAGAAAUUAAGAUGACCAAUCAGCCACAAUUCGAAAACUUAUUCAAUCUUACAGGAAGCACACAAUUGAAACAUGUGACCAUAUUAACAUUGAAUUCGAACAAAUUUAUUUCAUCGAUCGAUGCAGAAACGUUUAAGGGAUGCAUCAGUGUUGAAUCAUUAAUUUUAAGUACUUCCUCAAUUGAGACGAUUGGAGUCGGUACAUUUGAUCACAUGGCUGCCACUAUUCGAUAUCUUGAUUUAAGGGACAAUAAGCUAACUCAUUUGCCUAGCAAUUUAUUGGCACCUCUCUCUCAACCAGGGUUAGAAAUUUUUCUGUCUAAAAAUCUGUGGCAUUGUGAUUGUGAUUCUGUGGAAUUGCAGUUGUGGUCUACCAGUAAUUCAGGUGUGAUUGCUGAUUGGCCAUUAGUGUGCGACAUGCCGAAGGGAGAAAAUAUUAGUGACGUGGAUCUAAGCUCAUGUGAAGAAACAACUGCAGAACCAACUACAGAAUCACCUACAGAACCACCAACAGAACCACCCACAGAACCACCCACAGAACCACCCACAGAACCACCCACAGAACCACCCACAGAACCACCCACAGAACCACCUACAAAGCCACCUACAGAACCAACUACAGAACAAUCUACAGAACCACCUACAGGACCAACUACAGAAAUAUCAGAAGACAGUUCUGAGGAAACAUCUGACUCCACCACCGAAAGCUGGUCUACUACUUUCCAACCGCCAUCCACAGAACCUUUGGAGUGUUUACUACAAUAUCAAUCGUCAGCUAGAACAUCUUCAAGUAUAACUACGACAGCAUAG